AUGUGGUUUGAGGGCAAGGGCCCAAAUGAGCAGGGGUCAAAUUCUAACACACGACAUAGGGCAGAAAUCAACUGCUAUUGGUGUGUCACCAUACUCAGGUUGAAGGUCCUGAUGCACUCACUCCAGCAUUUUGCUGCUCCAGAAAGAUUGGUGAUAGCAUUUCUCCAAAAUUCCUGCCUUCACAGAUGCCUGCUCACCCUCAUUUUCCUCCAGCUUCCCAAACUGAAUUCUGCCGAUUUUGACGUGAUUGGACCCCCGGGGCCCAUCCUGGCUCUGGUGGGUGAAGGAGCUGAGCUACCCUGUCACCUCUACCCACAAAUGAGCGCUGAGCGCAUGGAGCUGCGGUGGUUUCGCAAUACCUUGUCUUCUGUGGUGCUCUUGUACCGAAAAGGUGUGGAGCAGGACAGACAGCAGAUGCCUGAGUACCGAGGGAGAGUCACGAUGGACAAGGACAGUAUUUCCUCGGGGCGCGUGGCUGUGAGGCUCCACCCGGUGAGGGUAUCUGAUGAGGGCAUGUAUGGAUGCGUUUUUAAAGUUCAACAAGUCUAUGAGGAAGCCUUUAUUCAUCUGAAAGUGGCUGCUCUAGGGUCUGAGCCUCACAUCGAUAUGGAAACUAAAGAGAGUGGGGAAAUCCAGCUGGAGUGCUCCUCAGAAGGAUGGUAUCCAGAGCCCCAGGUGCAGUGGAGAACUUCCCAGGGAGAGAAACUUCUAUCCACAUCAGAGUUCAGCAGGACUGAUGAAGAAGGCCUGUUCACUGUGGCAGCUUCACUAACUCUCAGAAAAAACUAUCAGGACAGUGUGUUCUGCUGCAUCCAGAACCUACGUCUGGAUCAGAAGAAGGAAGUAGCAUUUUCCAUACCAGCUCACUUUAAGGUGAUUGGUCCCCCAAUGCCAGUCCUGGCUCUGGUGGGUGAAGAUGCUGAGCUACCCUGUUACCUCUCCCCAAACAUAAGCACUAAGCAUAUGGAGCUGCGGUGGUUUCGCAAUACCUUCUCUCCUGCUGUUCUUGUGUACCGGGAUGGUGUGGAACAGGAUGGAGAGCAGAUGCAGGAGUUCAAAGGCAGAGUCACACUGGUGGGAGACCAUAUUUCCAUGGGGCGCGUGGCUGUCAGGAUCCACUCAGUAAAGGCUUCUGAUGAGGGUGUGUAUGGAUGUUUUUUUAAGGCUGAACAAGUAGAGGAAGAAGCCUUUAUUCAUCUGAAAGUGACUGGUGAGUAG